AUGUUUGCCAGGUCAUUGAUACUCGAAGGACAAUCCGAUACAAUUGCCAUGACCAUCUCUAUAAACGGUGCUAAUAGCACAUAUAUAUCACAACCUUUUAAUUGUGCUCCAUAUAAACAAUUAGCAAUUGUAAAGAAUUCACCUAAUUGGUUGAAUGACUACAAUUACAAUAAUAUCAAUAAUCUAAAUGCGUUCAGUCAAUUCUAUUUGGAGUUUAAUACGUUUUUGACCGGAAUCAAUGUCAGUUGCCAGGUCAGUAAAUUCCGAUGUGUUCUGACCACUCUGCAAAGUAACUUUAUAGCCGGUAGCAGAGGAACUGCAUACAUUGGACAGAUUUCAUUGUUAGACGGCAUCACCAAUACCACCGAUAUAAUAGCAUCGCCAGCCAUCAAGAUUUACGUUGGAGAUAUACCGUUUGCUUUCAGUUUAGAUGGUCCAAUCUAUCCUGGAGUGAUUCCCAUAACGAAUUCUAACAUUCCAUCGUUUUUUCCACAAAAAGCAACGAACCAAAUGGACGCUAUUGUAUUCCAAGGUCAAGUCAAUCCAGCUAUUAUCUUUGUCAAUAAAAAGUCAAGACCAUUCCUUCCAGCCUACACAAAAGACGACGUAUAUGGUUUCGCAAUCAACAACAUGGAUCCCAAUAAAGACGUCAAUAUAAGUACAAUUGAUAAUAUAGAAAAAUCAGCACAGGUUCUAAGUUUAAUAUAUGAACCACAACCAUUGAUUUUCGUAAAGAGUGGACUUAAUGCCAAUAUAAUCAAUUUGACAAAUACUCAAUAUAGAAUAUGUCAAUUCAUUGUAACACCUCAAUCAGCCAAGAUGUACGACACUGCUUUCUUUUUAUAUUCAACUGAUUUGGAUUCACAGUUUGAUCUCGAUAUUGUAAGAUACUCUCCUCAGUUCCCGUACGGUUUCAAUCGAUAUGGAUCUAUAUUCAAUUACAAUAUAUCAGGAUACAUGCCACCACAUUCAACCGUUUGUAAAUCUACAUUUUUAGCUUAUGAUAAGCUCAUUUUAAAUAAUUACUAUAAAAUAUAUUCGACAUUAAAUUCUUUUUAUGGAGUAUUAUCACCAGAUAUUAGGGCUCCAGAUAUUGUUAAUAUAAGUUAUAACAGACUUUCAACUUAUAGCUAUUUGGUUACUAUAAAUGCAUGGGACGAUCUUAGUGGUGUUCAUCUCAUCAAAUUCAACAAUGAUAUUUACUCUUCGGAGUAUUCACUGACUACACUCGACCGAGGAUCAGCUGGACAGACAUCAAGAUUUCAAUUUGAAUACAAUGUAUUUGGAUUAGAAACAUUGGUACCAAAGAUUCAAAUCAUUGAUCAUGCUUUCAAUAUCUAUACAAUCAAGAAUUUGAAUAUUGCCAAUUUCAAUUUAUUAAUGAUACCAGAUUUACCAAGAAUAAAUGAUUUCGAUGCAUCAGAAUUAACUUAUUUCAAAUUCAGUUCGAAUAAUGUUGAUACUUCUAAUGGAUUUGUAAAUGUAACACUAAAUUUCAAGACAAAAGCUAAUGAUCCCACUUUACAACCAAGAUUUACUUAUUUCGUAUCGAAUAACUUUGCAUCACUCUCACCAAAUGCUAUCGGUAAUUAUCUUUCCUUUGAAGGUGCAUACGAUAUGGCUAGUUCAAUGUAUAAGAUAGACUUUUAUCUUCAUCCUUAUCGUCUUAAUGGUACUCUAAUCUACAGUCUUGGUGGACUUAAACCAUUUGCCGAAUCUUCAUCUUAUAUAACCUAUUUUGGUGACGAUGCACUUUUAAAUUAUAGAUCAAAAGUUGCAGAUGAAUUUCCACCUGCUAUCAAUGAUAUCACUACAUUAGAGACAAGACCAAUUAGCUUUCUACCUGCUGUCGAUGGUUCUGCUAAAAUUAGUCUUACCUGCUCGGACUGGGAUUUCACUCCGUAUCAAGUCUAUAUUAAUGCAUCGAAUAGAAUCGAAGGUAAUGAAAAGACUGGCAAAUACAAUGUCACCGCUGUCAUUGAUGGAUUAUGUAGAUCUCAAUCGUAUAAUAUCACUGGUGUAACUUUGAUAGAUUCAGCUGGCUGGAUAUCCUCUACCGACAGUAGACUAUCACCUAUCAAUCCAAUGUUUGGUUUGCAAUCCACUCCUAUCAAUGUUGUUUGUAUACCGACAACGUUAGACAACACUCCACCAACUCUCACCAGUUUCAGCUACACUCUAAGCAGCAAUGAUUCAAGCUCACAAUCAAGACAGCUUGUAGUUAGACUAACUGUUUCCGAUAGCGGCAGUGGUAUCUCACCACGUCAUAAUGCUGUGGUGAAUCUCUGGACUGACCAGUAUCGUUUCAUUACAAUGCACACCGAUCGGUACUUAGACAACGGAAGAGUGCUCUCAUACAUAGGUACCACUACUCUACCAUAUGGUUUCGGAGCGAACGGUAUCCAAUUCUCAGUGGAUGGUGUCACCGAUAAUCAACUAAACAUCUGCAGCUUCAAGGCCGAAGAUAUAAAUGCCGUUGGAUCUCCAUACUUUGUAAACUCUACUUUCAGUCAGACUCCUCUCCUGACUUCUGCUUCUCCCAUCUCAAGAGCAGGUGGACAACUUACCAUUAAAGGUCGUGCACUUGGCACCUCCGAUAUUCAAAUUCUCAUAAACUAUGGUGAUGGUACUCCAGUGAGCAAAGUUACACCGAUAUUCAUCUCAAACAUAUUGGUUGUAAUUCAAAUAUUACCUAUUCCUUUACAACCAUUUAUAACUAUACAAGCACAAACUACAUAUGGAUAUUCAAACACCUUCCAAAUCAUACCUAUUGACUUGCCAAAUACAACACCACAACCAACGCCAACACCCACCCAAACUACAAAACCAAACAAUCCAGUCUGUCCAGGCACACCGGUGUGCAGCGGCCAAGGUGAUUGCACACCAACCGGAUGUCUAUGCAGAGCAAACUGGGUCGGUCCAGAAUGCAAUUCCGAAAUCAUUAUCAUUCCCAAGCCAGAACCCAAUCCAUCAACACCCACCAUCAUCACCAACGCUAGUAGUAUCAUAUCGAUUCUCGCGAUUCGUGAACUAUCGCCAACCUCUGAAAUUAUCCAUGAAUACAAACUCAAGGAUAGCGAUUGGGUACUGACAACAUCGAGUAAUGCCAACACCAAUAUAUUCAACUCAUCGGCAUCCUACACCUAUACCACUGUGUUCCAAUCGAAUGUUUCAAUCUCCAUCAUCGUACAAUGGUAUGAGAAUGCAACGAAUAUAACAUUCGCUGGACAAUCAAUAGCGCUGUCACCGUCAUCGCUGAAAUAUCUCAUCUCGGUUGGCUCUUACAAUUUCACUAGCAGUCUACACACUCUCCAGCUGGUGAUGGGUGCAUACAUAAGCGGAGAAGAUAGCAGCUGCAGUUCGAAGCAAGCCGGUAUCGAUCAGAACAACGAUCUCAAGUGGCUGAGGUUGAACAUCGAUAACAAGUCACUCUAUGGCAGAUUCAGUGAGUAUGGCUAUGUGGACGGACGUGUCCAACCGGUAACAAACACUCUCUUGAAGAACGAUGCUCAAUAUAUACCAGAGUCGACAAGAGAGAGCGCACAAUCCUACAUUGGAAUCAACAUUCCCAACUAUGCAAACGGUGUAUUGCUCGACCCAGACUUUUCAAACAUUGUAAAUAUCGAUGAUCCAUCGAAUGAAUUCGAUCAGAUAUGCAAAGGCAACUCUGGUAUAAGAAUGUCGAUCAUCGCUGGAAUCGUCGUAGCAUGUAUUGUAUUCAUAGCGCUUCUUGUCACAGGUGUCAUUGUCUUGGAAAAAAACUCCAACAUUCGUUUGAAAAUUGCAUCGAUUUUAGAUCCAAAAUAA